GACGCGUCCAACACCAUGAACCAUUUUAUGCAUGCAUAAUGCUGCGUUGCCUUCCCAGGUAUACAGCAGCUGCAUGCUAGUUCUCGGGUAUCGUUUCCCGACCUUUUUAAAAGUCCGGUUGCAAACGAUUGGAUUUAUAAACAAUGUCGACUUCCCUUACAAACAGGUGUUAUUUUACUUUUUAAUUCCCCGUGUUUUGUGUUCUGCGUGGUGGGCGUCGUAAUUGAUUACUUCAACCUUUGAUAUUUGUUCUGUUUCGAUUCUAACACCUAUGCACAAACUCUGGCUUCUACCUGCACAAUUUUGGAAUAAUUUUUCUACGGUUGCAAUGAGAUUUUGUAAUAGCGAUUCGACACGACGCCCGCCUUCUAAGUAAACAGGUUCUGCUCAAAGGUUAGUCUAUAAUUUGUCGACGACAGUAGUCGUGAAAGCAGGACCACUGCACGACAGUACCCUGUGGGAUGAACGAGACGUGUGAAUUAAUGCAAGGCUAAAAGCAAGGAUUACCGACUAGAGAAAGCUGUCUGAGGAAUUCGCCAGAUCUCCGUCUUGGUUCACUUUCACGGCUCUCUUCCUAUCGUGGGGGUAUGUUUCCACCAAAGUGGACCGGCAUUGUGGUGUUGUGUUGCGUCUUCACGGUGCACGUGGUUGCAGCACAAGAUAACGAACCGCCCAUCUUGAGCUGCCCUAAUGAUGUCAUCAAAAAGCCAGACUCUGGAUCGAACACUACCGUUAACUGGGAUCCCCAACCAUCAGCCAAUGAUACAGUUGAUGGUGACUUGAACGUCACGUGUCAGGAUGCCAGUGGUAAAGAAGUUAAAACAGGGGAACAGUAUUCAGUUGGUGAGACGAUAGUAACAUGCAAAGCUAAUGAUAGCAGUGGCAACGAGGGAAGCUGCUCAUUUUCGAUCAAAAUAGAUAAUGUAAGCCCAAAUGUUGCUUGCCCAAAUGGCGCGACCGUCUAUGUAGAACCCUCGAGGCCCGACGCUGCAGUAGUCUGGUCCCCACUGCCAUCAGCAACUGAUGAGAUUGAUCCUCCAAACCCAAACGUAACCUGCAAGAACGAAAAUAACCAGGAGGUUUCUUCAGGUGAAAGAUUCCAGAAUGGUGUGAACACAAUCACCUGUGCAGCAAAUGAUACGGCAGGAAAUGAAGGACAAUGCCUUUUCAACAUCACUGUCGCGGAUAAUGAAGGCCCAAGUGUCAAUUGCUCCCAGAAUGUGAAACAAAACGUUGAUCCCGGAAUGCCGAAUGCGAAUGUCAAUUGGACGACCACACCCACAGCUUUUGAUGUUGUGGAUGGGGAUCGCGAUCCAGUAUGUAGAAACGCAUCGGGUAACGUCGUGGUGUCACCGGGCAUUUAUCCGGUGGGUGUCACCGAAGUGACAUGCACUGCUACGGACAAGAGUGGCAACGAGGGGAACUGCAGCUUUACAGUCACAGUGAAAGAUAAUGAAGGCCCAAGUGUCAAUUGCUCCCAGAAUGUGAAACAAAACGUUGAUCCCGGAAUGCCGAAUGCGAAUGUCAGUUGGCCGACCACGCCCACAGCUUUUGAUGUUGUGGAUGAGGAUCGCGAUCCAGUAUGUAGAAACGCAUCGGGUAACGUCGUGGUGUCACCGGGCAUUUAUCCGGUGGGUGUCACCGAAGUGACAUGCACAGCUAUGGACGAGAGUGGCAACGAGGGGAACUGCAGCUUUACAGUCACAGUGAUAGAUAAUGAAAGCCCUAACGUCACUUGCCCAGGGAGUAUAGAAGAGAACUUGGAUCCUGGAAUGGUGAAUGCGAAUGUCAGUUGGACGUCCACACCCACAGCUUUUGACGUUGUGGAUGGGGAACUCGAUACAGAAUGUAGAAACGCACUGGGUGGUAUUGUGCAGUCACCGGGCAUUUAUCCAGCGGGUAUCACCGCAGUGACAUGCAUAGCAACGGACAAGAGUGGCAACGAGGGCAACUGCAGCUUUACAGUCACAGUGAAAGAUAACGAGGCACCAAACAUUACGUGCCCAGGCGAUAGAAGCGUGAAUGUGGCCGAGGGUAAAACCACCGCCGACUUGACUUGGGUUUCCACCGCAAAGGACGUAGUGGACGGGGAACUGGUCGCGUCUUGUGUGCCCCAGCAAGGAGAGGAAUUCGCCAUUAAAACUGAGGUUACCUGCACGGCAACCGAUUUCGCCGGCAACAAUAAUAGUUGCUCUUUCACAAUCACUGUAACAGUUGACGGAAAAGAUUGUGAGGGUCAAAAUAAUUGUGUUUGUGGCGAAAAUGGCAAAAACUGCUCCUGCAAGGAGAAUUUUAGUGGACCAGACUGUUCAGUUUUGGACGCAGCUGGGUGUUCCUCGACAAACACUUACUGUGAUUGCUCGGAGUCCUGCAUGUGUAAGCCCGGUUUCAAAGGUCCUCAGUGUAAUGAUUGCAAGGGUUGUAUGAAUGGAGGGUACCACCAGGACAUCGCAACCUGUCAAUGCCAGUGCCCAGGCGAAGGUUUCGAAGCUCCACUUUGUUCUGGAUGCAAGGAGUGCGUAAAUGGCGGAAAUCAGAAUCCAGAUACCUGUGUAUGUGAUUGUCCAGGAUUAUACGAAGGCGACCUUUGUGAUUAUUGUCCACAAAAUACCCGGUGUGAAAAUGGCGGGACUUUGGACAACGCUACCUGCAGCUGCGACUGCCCUUUUCAGUGGACUGGAAGGAAUUGUUCAGAUUGCAAGGGCUGCGAAAAUGAAGGAACAGGCCAGAAUGCCACAACGUGCGAGUGUGUUUGUCUCGAAGGGUUCCUGCCACCAUUAUGCUCAGAUUGCGAGUCUUGCAAGAAUGGAGGAGCAUUUCAAAACGACUUCACCUGCGCCUGUGAGUGCCCCGGCUUGUGGAGCGGUCUACUCUGCAACCUUUGUCCCAGUGGUAAUGUCUGCGAGAAUGGCGGCGAAAUGCAGAGAGAGACAUGCUCUUGCCAGUGCACAGAAGAAUGGACAGGGAGUACCUGCACAGAGCCUGUUCCUACCGUACCUGAUGACGAAUAUCCGGACCCUCCUGCUGGGGUCGAAAUUGACAAAAGGGUGGUUUUCGAAAUUUCAGUGAUAUCCGCUGGGGAAUGUGAUCCUGACAAUAGCACGGAUUCAUCGGCUUGUAAGGGGCUUGUCGAGCAAUUCACAACAGAGGUCGAAAAAGAAUACGAACGUUUGGCGGGCUUCAAGCAGGUUGAGAUCAAUCAAGGAGAUUUAAAGAAAGGGAGCGUGAUUGUCCCACACGCGGCCAUCUAUGACUACGGCAAAAUGGCCCCAUCAAAAAGAGGACUGUCGGCUUUUGAUCUGUAUCGAGAGACCGUUGCCACGGCAGUGGCAUCGGGGAAGUUGGGAAAUCUUGAGUUAGACAGAGAUUGUAUGAAUUGUGCAGCACCUGAAGAUGAGACCAACACGUGUCGUUCAACUGCACCGACAUGUGCUACCGGUUUCCAAGUCGUUGAAGAGCGAGUGGGCAACUCUUGCUAUUACGUUUGCCGCGCAGCCUGCAAAGUCGAUACGGAUUUCUGCCAGAACGGCGGAACGUGCAGCCAGGAUGCAGACGGCGUGAAGUCCUGCAGAUGCCCACAGAAUUCAGAGUUCAUGUACCUCGGUGUCAACUGCCAGCUGAGGGUACAACUUCUGUGGCUGUACGUCGGCUGCGGGAUCGGUGGAGCUGUGCUCCUGUUCCUCGUCGUCGCCUUAAUCUCCUGCGUGGCGAUUUACAGAAAAAGAGCUAAGAGGAUCGAGGAGGACGAUGAGAGUGAAGAAGGCGAAAUGAAAGGGGAAGUCCGGGCGGUGCAUCACAACAAAGGCUUCGAAGGUGAUUCCGCCUCCGUCGCCGAGGAGCAAGUCGAAGGCGAGACAGCCGUACCGGUCGUCGAAACCACUCGGCCCUACUCGUACAUCUACAGCAACGGCGGCGGCGUCGGUGUGUCCCGCUCCAGCUCGGGGGCGGCGGCCCCAGGGAAGAACCGCUACGAGAACUCGGUAGCGAGAGACCGCGAACGGGAGACGGGUACCGGUAACAACGACCAGGCCGAGGACACGAGCGACAAGGCCAGGAGCUCAUACUUCUGGGGUAACCUGGCCGUGCCAUCCAAGGAGGACGCAGAGAUGAUCCCGAUGGUCAGCGCAGUCGACCCAACAAAAAUGUACAAGAUACAACGUCCCCAGCUGUCCGUCAACAGAAACGAUGACUUGCCCGAACGGGACUACUUUUAAAGGACAGUCUUCCCAAAAAAAUCCAGCUGCAUACGUCUGGUUAGAGAAUAAUGUAAAGCCCCGCAUAAUACAAAACUUAAGAACUAUGAUGAUGACAGUAUCUUGUUGAAUGGUUGGGAUCGCCAACUUAAGAAACCACUGCAUGGUGGUCCAUCAAAGGAAGAACAAAUUAAUUAUAUAGGCCUACUUAGGAAUAUAGACUAGUCCGAUUAGACGCCAUAACUGUGGUGGCACCGCACUCACACGCACA